CCUUUGCCCAGCCCUGGUCACUGUCUUGUGAUCCUCUGUCCCCAACUUGUUCCCAGAAAGGAGCAGAUAGGGUGGGGGCUGAGGAUGUGUUCUCACUGCCCCCCGGGAGGGGAUGAGUCAUAAGUUGGGGGCUACCUCAUGCCGGGAAACAUGCCCUGCUUCCCACCGCAGGGGGCUGAGGGAGAUAAAUGGGCCCUGAAGUGGGGCAGAGGGUCAGACUACAGGACAGCACUGCCUGGCCCAGCCCCAGGCAUCCACGGCGGCCCGACUAACCCCAAGAAAGCUGGUGGCGCCUGACCACACGAUGACCAGGUGGGCUCUGCUGGUGCUGAUGGUCCUGAUGUUGGGCAGGGUCCUGGUUGUCCCAGCGACCCCUGUCCCAGCCUUCCAGCUCCUCACUCAGAACUAUCCCCAGACCACUCUUUGGCCUGUGGCCUCAGAGAGCCCCUCAGCUACCACCUCAGCUACCCGGGGCCAACCCAGCCUUGGUCCCCGCCCUGGCCCAUGCAUCACCCUUUCACUGGACGUCCCCAUCGGCCUCCUGCAGAUUCUACUGGAGCAAGCUCGGGCCAGCAUGGCCAGGGAGCGGGCUGCCACCAACGCCCGCAUCCUGGCCCAUGUUGGCCGCCGCUAAGCCCGAGGGAGGGGCCACAGUGAUGGGGCCACUGGAUGGAAAGACCUGGAGGACAGCAGCAGAGCUGGAUGGUAUUACAUCUGGGCAGGGUGCGUCUGGACACUGUCACAUGGGCCUGCUGCCGUGUGGUGUCAUAUCACAUCUGAGUGCCCUACAGAGUCACAGCAUGUCUGGACAGCUGGACAUUGCUAUGUCAGGUCACUGCCACAGGGAGUCUUGCCACACCUGUGUGCCUCACAGACUUACAGUAUGUCUGGACAGCUUGGACACUACCAGAUGAGGUCACUACCAUUCGGAGUCUUGCUACGUCUGGGUGCCCCACAGUCACCGAGCAGCCGGAUGCCACCACACGUGGUCGUCAUCGUGUGACUUUCAGGAGCCUCAACAAAGGAGCCCAACACUGCAUCUGAGACCAGUCCCACAGGCCUGCCCCCCCAGUGGCCACCACACAGGGAAGUGUCGGCUAAGGGUCACGUGCAUGAUCUGUGCUCCAUGAGGCAGCACCUGCCCCAGAUAGAUGGGGCUGUCAGGGGCAUCUCCAGGCACAAAUGGCCAUGCAUGGGAAGUCUGUGACCACGGCAGCCUUACCCUGUGGGUGUGUGCACGCAUGUGUGGCCAAGUGUGCCUCUUACACGUCUCUGAGAGCUGUGAGUGUGUGUGAGCAAGGUGUGGUGUGUGUGGGGGCUGGGAGGAGUGGGUGCUUGUGCCCCCAACCUGCACAAAGCGUGCACAACUCACAGCUGGGCACUGUCCUACCUGCACCCCUGCACACCCAGCCUCAGCGCCUGGACACACGUGGCUCAGAGGCUCCAACCCAACUCUGCCCCUUCCUCACCAAAGUGUCCUGAGCAAAGGGGUUCACCUUUCUGAGCCUCAGUUUCCUCAUCGGUAAAGCAAAGCGAUGCCACCAAGCUUCUUGUGAGCAUUGUGUACGUGGUGUGCUUGAAGCUCUGGCAUGCAUGAAGCUCUGGCGUGCAGGAGGUGUUCAAUAAAUGUAA